CUCUUAUAUUUAACCAAUAGAUUACAGCAGCGGAAGUUAAAUCGUGCUGCAAUGGGCGGUAUUGCCCUUCGGAGGAGAGCAGGGCAUGCUUGUAACAGCAUCUUUGCAUAUGCGAAGAAGCGCAUUUUGCCAUAGUUUGGAGUGCGUUUUUUUAAUGAUUUAUUUUGUGUGAGUUGAGAGAGAGAGAGAGACGCGGGAGAGUAAGGGGAAGAGAGAGAGCUGCGCAUACAUACAGUAUCCUCUCCAGCAGCCUCCAGCUAGAAUUCGUCAGAUCUGAGAUCACACAGGAUUUACUUUUUUUUGCAUCAUUUCUUUUUAGCACAUAGAAGUUGGAAGUGUUGGUGAUACAGCACUAGAAGGCAUCCAUCGAGUCCAUCUGCUCAGUGAAAGGUCCUCAUAUUCAACAAUGUGUGGACGGGGCACCGUGGCCUCACUGUGCCUGUGGGCUUGCUUGCUGGUGGCCAGCAGCGUCCUGAGUGCGAAAAGCUCUGGGCAGAACGGCAUGACAGAGGGAGAAACAGAUAACACUACAGUGUUCACCAAGAUCUUAGACAGCCUUCUGGACGGCUAUGACAACCGCCUCAGGCCGGGACUAGGAGAGCGUGUAACUGAAGUCAAGACUGACAUUUUCGUGACUAGUAUUGGGCCAGUUUCGGACCAUGACAUGGAGUACACCAUUGACGUGUUCUUCAGACAGAGCUGGAAGGACGAGAGGUUAAAGUUCAAGGGUCCCAUGGCCGUGCUGCGUCUCAAUAAUCUGAUGGCGAGCAAGAUCUGGACGCCGGAUACAUUCUUCCAUAACGGCAAAAAGUCAGUUGCCCACAAUAUGACCAUGCCUAACAAACUACUGAGGAUUACAGAGGAAGGCACGCUGCUCUACACCAUGAGGCUGACUGUGAGAGCAGAAUGUCCCAUGCACCUUGAAGACUUCCCCAUGGAUGCUCAUGCCUGCCCACUCAAGUUUGGCAGCUAUGCUUACACUCGAGCAGAGGUGGUGUACGUAUGGACCAGAGGGGCUGCCCAGUCUGUGGUGGUGGCAGAUGAUGGUUCAAGGUUAAACCAGUAUGAUCUGAUGGGGCAAAGCGUGGAUUCGGGUGUGGUGCAGUCCAGCACAGGAGAGUAUGUGGUGAUGACCACUCACUUCCACCUGAAGAGAAAAAUCGGCUACUUUGUGAUCCAGACGUAUCUGCCCUGCAUCAUGACAGUCAUCCUCUCCCAGGUGUCUUUCUGGCUCAACAGAGAGUCCGUCCCUGCCAGGACUGUCUUUGGAGUGACAACUGUCCUGACCAUGACCACUCUCAGUAUCAGCGCCAGGAACUCCCUCCCCAAAGUGGCCUACGCCACAGCCAUGGAUUGGUUCAUCGCCGUGUGCUACGCCUUUGUCUUCUCGGCCCUCAUCGAGUUUGCCACGGUCAACUACUUCACCAAGAGAGGCUAUGCCUGGGAUGGAAAAAGCGUGGUGCCAGAGAAGCAAAAGAAGAAGAAGGAGUCUCUCCUUAAAAAGAACAACACCACAGCAUACCCGGCCGCCACUGCUACAGCCUUCGCUCCCAACAUUGCCAGGGACCCUGGAUUGGCCACCAUUGCCAAAAGCGCUCCGCCGCCCCCGACUGAGCCCAAGGAGGAGCCAAAGCCCAAACCUCCCGAGGCCAAGAAGACCUUUAACAGCGUGAGCAAGAUCGACAGGAUCGCCAGAAUAGCCUUCCCUCUGCUCUUUGGAACCUUUAACUUGGUCUACUGGGCCACCUACUUGAAUAAGAAGCCCAAACUGCAGGGGGUGACUCCACACUAAUCCAUCUUUGGCUCCUUUUCACUUCUACCUAUAACUUUCAUUUUCUUUGGUAUUCUUCCUCAACCGAAAAGAAAAAAAAGAGAAGAAAAUGUGUUUAUUUUCAGACAAACAUGAUGUCCAUGCUGGUUUGAAUUCCCAGUCGUUGCAUUGCUUCUGUUUAUCAACAUUUUGAAGAUUUUGUGAAAACAAAACAGAGACAUGAGAAUAUAUAAAAAAAAAAAAAUAACAUUGAUACAGACUUUUGAGAGGGUUGCUGUUCAGGUGCGGGAAGACACUUUUAAGAAAUGCUAGCGUAAAUAUAUAGCCAAGAGGAGAAUGCUAUUCCACAAAUAGACCAAUCUCGUCCAGGGCUUUUUCUUUGUACAUGGUUCUUAUUUUCAGGGUUCCAGUUAGAAUAUGUGCUUUGCACACAGCGGGGCGUCUCCAGACUAUUUGACACUGACAAGAAUAAAUGAGUGAAAGAACAAAUGUGGUUCCAAUGAGGGAGAAGGUCCAACAGUUUGACAAGAACCUGCCCUUACUGCCCAAGAUUCUAUGUGACACCAUACUGGAAGUUCAGCUUGUAGCUUGUUAAAGGAAGACAGGGAGUGACUUGUUUUCAAACAGCCAAUCCAGAGUCAAGCCUAUUUUUCAUGACAUGUUUGUACGAGCGCAUGAAAAGCAGGUAUGUCCCAGUUUUGUAUCUCCUAACUUUGAUUCUUUUCACCGAAAUGAACAGUGAGAGUAAGUGACUGUUCUGUUUUUGCAUUGAAAACAAGUCAUAAAAUGUGGCGAUAAAGAGAGCAACAAUACCAUAUUUAUUUACAGUAUAUUUCACAGGCUGAUUCAAUGGAAAACAUGUAUGUCCCAAUUUUGUGUCUUCCAUUUAUUAUGUUUAUUCUCCACCCCCAAAAAACAAACGGACUAUUUGUUUGUCUGAUUGAAAUGUUGUGCGAAAUGGAACAAUUUGAAGUUACGUGUUUUUCACUGGGUAACAACAAUUUGAAACGUACCGCACGGUAACUAACACUUGACAUGACCCAUGACGCGUCUGCAGGAACACAUAUCGCUGCUUGUCCAAUGAAAAGCACGCAUCGUAUCGUCCUGCUUUUGUUUGUAGUUUUUAAAUCUAAAUUUAAAAAAAAAAUGUUGUAUUUGCGUUUUUUUGAAACGUCAUAACAUUGGGAGAUGCAUGCUUUUCAUAGUAUAGCGCCAAUGUAUUCUCCUAUUACUGUUAUAUAACCCACAUGAUUUCAUGUUAUGGUCAUGUGUCGACUUCAAAACCUUGACCCAGAUUAUUAAAGAACGGUCACCAGUCUCCACUCUCACUAAAAAUAGGGAUUCAGAACUAUGAGUGAUCGACAAUGUACUGUGUUUUUACUUUUCUUGUCAUAUCCUACAAACUACUUGUGGGAAUACACGGCAGUCCCAUCCAGUUAAACCCCACGUUACUGUAUUCAUACACCGCCCGAACUUCGAGUAAAAGUGCAUUUUUCUAUGUUAAAUGGGUAUAUUCUAGCUGGAAAUGACAAGGACGUGUCAGAAGACAAAGGAAUGCAAUGUGUGUACCAUUCUUAAGGAUUCUGGUAACUUCUAGCAUAAUCUACAGCAUUCUAAGCCAGUAUAGAGCAAGGGAUGUGCCAUUCAACAAUAACUUCAGAUGUGGUCGUGUACGAAUCAUUUGGGGUUUAAGUGUGUAAUUAUGCCAUUAGGUAAUGUGGCCAAAAGGCUCACGUAGACAGAACAUGGUCAGCAGGUUGCAUUAUCUUAUUAGGGUAUUGAUGGCCAUAAUGGUUAUUGGUAUUGGCAAAAGUACCUUUCAGCUCCCACUGGCUUUUUGUCAUUUUGUCAUUUAUUUAAGCACAGACAGACACGGUAAAAGGCACGUGUAUGUGUGUGUGUGUGUGUGUGUGCAUAUGCAUGGGCAGGGCAUCCUUAAAAAACAAAAAUAAUAAUCGUGAUCGACGGAAGGCUUCAUUUGUUCGCCCCGAAAACCUCCAUUUUCAUAUUCUUCUAAAUAUGUUAGGGGAUUUGUGCAAUAGCAAUAAAACACACGUCUCAGUGGACAACAAUCUAGUCAUCUCUGCUUCGAAAUGAAAAUAACAUGUAUUUUCCUUUUAUUAAGAACAGUGUUUGUAAAUAUUAUCAGAUGUUAGCGAUGUCAAUAUGUUGAACUAAAAGGGUAUGAACACAUGGUUCAUUUCUACUUUUGCGGUUUUUUUGCUUCCAAAUAUUUUUGUUUUUUCAAACAGUCUCAACAAAGAUGUGUAAAAACUUGCGUAAGAAUGUAAAGAAUUGUCUGAAAAUAUUUGUUCGAUUCAUCAUACAAGCAUUACUUCCUGUUUUGAUUGCUUCAUGGAUGUGGGGGUAGGGGAUCGUUUGCCAAACCUUGUAAUGUUAGCUAAAGAGGGACGAGGCACACUGAGGAGGAGAAGUGCCUUUUCCAUAUUUUAAGAAUUGGAACUGUGAUGGCUUUACAUCUUACAUUUUCUAACCCACUGUGUCCCCUUGAGCUUUCAUGUUAUUUUGUGUUAUUGGGGGUUUUUUCGCCACUUUUUUUGUGUUUUUAUCUGAAAAUUAACACUCAGAAAGUACCAGCUACACUGCCUUCAGUAUCACACGCCCCUUUUUGAAUUGAUUUGUUGCUGCUUUUGUUGGAGAGCAACAGCAGAGGGAAAAAGACGAGAACGAGGUGAAAGGAUGAUGAAAAUGAAUAUAUUUUUGUAGCAUGAUGUCAACCCCUCUUCCGAGAAUAGUAAAGCGAACGGAUAUCUUUUUCUUUUUCUUUCGUCUUGGACAUUGCCUGCUUUUUUUUUCCUUCUUCUUCUUUUUGCGUAUCGUAAACGUUCUCUCGGUCGUGUCUCGUCAAAUAUUAGGAACGGCCCAGUUUAAAAUUCAGUUAAUGUAGCAAUAUUUCUUAGCAAGGGCUUUUUUUAAAGGACCUGAAGUUGACACUUAGCGCGGGAACGAUUGCCAUGUAGCUUUACGUCGACAAAUAGUGAGUCAUUUGUAUGCUGCAAAGGUAGAAGCGAUUUGAGUUUAGUUCUGUCCGCAUUUGCCAUCUACUCGGAACGAAAAUAUAUCUCGAUUUAAUUUGAUUCAAUUUAAUGCAAUUUUGUUUUUGGAAAAAGAACCAAUGUUUAAUGAAAUUCAAUUAUUUAUUUAUUUAUUUAUUUAUUUAUUUAUUUAUUCACAGUUCUUUUUUUUGCGUUGAAAAUGUGUUUGUUUUGUAUUGACGCGUCGAUAUAAGAUCAGUUGUUUCUGAACAUUUUACAUGCAAAGUCCCAAUGUUUAUUUUUAAGUUAGGUGUGUUUUUAUUUUGCUUUAUUUUGGUUUGUGUUUUGCUAAAUGUAGUUGCUUCGUCUAAAACAAUAUUAUUUCAUUUAAUUUAAUAUAAUUUAUUUACUUUAAUAUGAUUUACAUUUUUUUUUAGUUAUUUUGUGCAAAAUUUGACGUUUUUUUUACAUGGCAGGCAUGCAGAGACCCAAUAUUUUUUUUUAAGUUAAUCAAGUGUCAUUUAUUUUGCUUUAUUUAUUUUUUUAUAAAUGUGGUUGCUUUGUCUAACAAAUACAAUAUUUUACACGGCAGGAAUCCAAAGCCCCAAUGUUUAGAUUUUUAAAUUUCAUUCAUAAUUUAGUAUAAUUUACUUUUGAUUGAUAUCAUUGUGUGCAAAAGUGGAUGUGAUUCACAUGUUAGAUGGCAGGCAUGCAGAGCCCCAAUGUUUGCUUUUGAUUUUGAUUUGAUUAGCAAUUUUUUUUUCUACAUUGUACAUGGCCUGAAGCCUCAUAGAUUGUUCUUGAUUUAUUAUUUUAUUUAUGUAUUUAUUCAUUGCUGCAUCUAUGCGGGGAGGAAGCCAAGUUACAUAUGAUGGUCGUUGCUUUGUCUUUUUACUUGCGUUAUCACUGUUCUGGAACCUGCCCCCUACAGGCCACUUAUCCUACCAGCAGAAGGUCAAUGAAGUGCAAAGUUCAGGGUGAAGAGUUGUAUAAAGAUACUCAUAAAUAAACUUGUAUGUAUGUCGAUUAUCAUGAAGAAGAUAUAUAAAUAUAUAAAUAUAUAUAUAUAUAUAUACAUAUGUAAAAUACAUGAUGCAUUCAGUAUUUGAUUCUAUUAUUGAAGAUAUUAGCUUAAAAACGACGAUGAAUAUUGUUUGUAUUCUCAACCUAUUGUUAUGCAUUUUGCACAUUUAGAUGAACAAUAACAUUUACAUUUACGUAGUCGGCUUCGUGCUAUGCAAAGGACAGCUUUGAACCGCCAACCAUCAACCUUGUCUCCUCGACCAUUGUGUUCCAGACUUACAAGCUAUUAUAAGGAGAAAAUAAAUAUAUUUAAAAAAGAAACUUAGCUUUUUAUAUCAGCUGUGCCGCCCAUUAGCUUUUUUUUUUUUAUGAAACCAUGGCUAUACAGGGUGACGUCAAAGAAAAACAGCCGAUUAUGUCCUUUUGUUUGUGCGUUGGAUUUGGGAGGAAACGGCUUUCAUUGUUGAUUGCACUUUCUUCCUCCAGGGUCGUGCAAUAAAAUGACUGAAGAAAAGACGAAAAAGAGGAGCUAAAAUGUAACAAGAUCUUCCUUUUUCAAGACCAGGGGUGAGAAACCUGCGACCCAUGGGCCAUACGCGGCCCAUGCAAAAACAACUGACCUAAAAGUGAACGUUUGUUUGAUUGUUACGUUACAUUUUUUGAUAAAUUGUCUAUGAAUCCCGCGACUGGACGAAAAUCUUACAUAUAUUCAGUAUAAAGAAAGAAAUGAGAUUUUGCUACACUUUUACGCUCCGCAUAGAGAAUGUUAAAUAUGAGAUACAGUGCAAUCAUGAGCUUCCGACUUUUACCUUCUCGUCAAACAUAUAUAUGUAUAUACAUACACUCCCUGAGGGGACUAAAUGUAUAUAUAUAUAUGUGUGUGUAUAUGUAUAUAUCCCAUUUGUUAUAUGUCUUUUUUUGUUUACUUUGGCUUUAUUUAAGACAAAUCAUCAUCAGCACCUGCUUUUCAACACUGGGUCUUUUAGUUCUUAUAGAUAUAUUACUGGAGUCGUUUUCUUGUAUUUUUAUCCAAGCAAAUAUGGAUUUUCACUGAUAUACUAAAAAAAAAAACAAUUUUCUAAAGCACAAACAAGCGGAAUAUAAGGCAAUAUAUAGGGUGAUAUGGUACACGUGAAACAGACACGAUAGAAGUGGCCGCUGGGAUGUGUUGUCGGUGGAGAUGAAGGUGGUGGUGAACUUCCUGUAAAUGUUUUCUUUUGUUUUGUUUUGGGUUUUUUUUGUUUUGGUUAUGAUAUGGCCCUGUAGAUUCCGAUUCACUGCAUUAGUCUUUAAAUAAAAAGGAAAUAAAUGAAUGA